AUGGCCACCACCAGCAACGCCCAAGGAGACGAACCGCCGAGAUCUACCGCACUGGAAAGGCAGGUCCAGACCCUCAUGACGGCGGUCGAACGACUCACAAAACAGAAUCAUGAUCUGGAGGAACAGCUACGUCAAAGGGAUGCAGGACCUAACCCUCAGGAACGAAACCAGGAAGGUGACAGUGCCGAGAGAAGGGAGCGAGAGAAUCCAGAGGACAGCAACAUCCCAAGUCGACAGGAGCGGCAAAACGAGAGCUUUCCGUCUCUCACGGAUCCUGUCCCCCCACCUAUCAUCGCGGAGAUACAGGCGAUGAAGGAGCAGAUGGAGGUCAUGAUGAACGCCCUCAAGGGGCGGGUAUCCUCCGACCUCGACGAUUUAGUAAACAGGGCCGACUCACCAUUCACUGCGUCCGUCAACUCAUUCCCCCUGCCACCGAAGUUCCGAAUGCCUCAGAUCGAAAGUUACGACGGGGUCAAGGAUCCCCUCGAUCAUCUAGAGACCUUCAAGACCCUGAUGCACCUUCAGGGGGUACUUGACGAGAUCAUGUGCAGGGCGUUCCCGACCAUACUGAAGGGACCUGCGAGGGUUUGGUUAGGUAGACUGACACCGAACUCCAUCAAUACUUUCAAGGAGUUGAGCGCCCAGUUCACCUCCCACUUCAUUGGCGGUCAUCGGUACAAGAGGUCCACCGAGUGCUUGAUGAGCAUCAAGCAGCGAGAAGACGAGACGUUGCGAGCCUACAUAACCCGUUUUAACAAAGAAGCCCUCUCGAUCGACGAAGCGGACGAUAAGAUACUCGUAGCCGCGUUUACAAGUGGGCUGCGGAAGGGGAAGUUCUUGUUUUCCUUAUACAAGAACGACCCAAAGACCAUGGCGGAUGUACUCUACAGGGCUACCAAGUAUAUGAAUGCAGAAGACGCACUAUUGGCCCGCGAAGAGAAACCUAAGAAGAGGGAGAGGCAGGAGGAUAUGCGACAAGAUAGGGGGCGAAAGGUCGCUAGAACCGGGGAUCAACGUGAUGAAAGGCGCUUCAAACCCCCCACAGGAAGAUUCACCAAUUUCACCUCAUUAACCGCCCCAAUCGACCAAGUACUGAUGCAAAUCAAAGAUGAAGGAGCAUUGACAUUCCCAAGGAAGUUGAAAGGGGAUCCCAACAAAAGACCGUGA